GGCAUCCCCUGCCAGGAUUGCGGUGAGCUGCUGGCCCGCGGCCGGGAAGAGGGGGCAGGAACCUACCGGACCUACAAACGACAAGCCCGAGGAGACGAGCAUGAUCCCACUGCCAACGUCUGUAAGCCCUCCUCCGUGCUCCUGGGGCUGAGGCUUGGCCAGCAGCCAUGAGACUAGACUGGCCCCAAGCCUGGCUGUUGGGCCUGCCCGUAGCUGUGGUGUAUGGUUCCUUGGCCCUCUUCACCUCCGUCCUGCAUAACGUGUUCCUGCUGUACUACGUGGACACGUUUGUCUCGGUGUAUAAGAUCAACAAACUGUCCUUCUGGAUUGGAGAGACUGUAUUCCUCCUCUGGAACAGCUUCAACGACCCCCUCUUUGGCUGGCUCAGUGACCACAAGUUCCUCAGCUCCCAGCCCCGGUCGGGAGCCGGGCUCUCCUCCAGAGACGUGGUGCUGACCCGGGUGAGGGCUCUGAGCUGGCACGGGCCCUUGCUGGCAUUGUCAUUCCUGGCCUUCUGGGUGCCCUGGGCCCCUGCUGGCUUGCAGUUCUUACUGUGCUUGUGUCUCUAUGAUGGCUUCCUGACCCUCGUGGACCUCCACCACCACGCCUUGCUGGCCGACCUGGCUCUCUCGGCCCACGACCGCACCCACCUCAACUUUUACUGCUCCCUCUUCAGUGCGGCUGGCUCCAUGUCUGUCUUUGCCUCCUACGCCUUUUGGAACAAGGAGGACCUCUCCUCCUUCCGUGCCUUCUGUGUGGUACUAGCUGCUGGCUCUGGCCUGGGCUUCCUGGGGGCCACACAAUUGUUGAGGCGGCGGAUUGAGACCACCAGAAGGGACAGGGGGUACUCAGCCAUGGUCGUGGAUAGCGGCGUAUGUGAGGAAGAGCCUCUGGUGGGUGGUGAGGAAGCAGGCAUCACCUUGGGCCAGUACCUCCGGCAACUGGCACGCCACCAAAACUUCCUGUGGUUCGUGGGCAUGGACCUGGUACAGGUGUUUCACUGCCAUUUCAACAGUAACUUCUUCCCUCUCUUCCUGGAGCACUUGUUGUCUGACCACAUCUCCCUCUCGACAGGCUCCUUCCUGUUGGGCAUCUCCUAUGUUGCUCCUCAUCUCAACAACCUCUACUUCCUGCCCCUGUGCCGGCGCUGGGGUGUCUACGCCGUGGUGCGGGGCCUCUUCCUGCUCAAGCUGGGCCUUAGCCUCCUCAUGCUGCUGGCUGGCCCGGACCGCCCCGGCCUGCUUUGCUUCUUCAUUGCCAGCAACCGUGUCUUCACUGAGGGCACCUGUAAGCUGCUGACCCUUGUGGUCACUGACCUAGUGGAUGAGGACCUGGUGCUGAACCACCGGAAACAGGCAGCCUCAGCUCUCCUCUUCGGUAUGGUUGCCCUGGUGACCAAACCUGGCCAGACCUUUGCCCCACUGCUGGGCACCUGGCUCCUCUGCUUCUACACAGGUCAUGACCUUUUUCAGCAGUCCCCAGUGAUCGUGGGGAGUGUCCAGCCGAGGCCAGAGCCCCCAGCCCCGGCCCCAGCGCAGGCUGCGACACUCCGCCAGGGCUGCUUCUACCUGCUAGUGCUGGUGCCCAUCACCUGCGCGCUGCUGCAGCUCUUCACCUGGUCCCAGUUCACGCUGCACGGGAGACGCCUCCGCAUGGUCAAGGCCCAGCGCCAGAACCUGGCACAGAUCCGAACGCUGGACAUUAAGAUGGUGUGAGAGCGGUUGCAAAGCCACUCUGCCGAGGUCCUUGCCCCAGUCCCAGCAGGAACCUCUCUUGCCGGCCAGCACCCUGCUUCACCUUCGCUGGGUGCAGCUCAGAGAGCAGGUGGCUGGGGCCGCUCCUGGGGAGGUCGGCCCUUCGCUAGCUGCCUGAUUGAGCUCGGGCAAGGGCUGGAUCGUAUGUGCUCAGUAACUGAGGCUCCUGUGGGGCAAGAAGGAAGGAGGACCAGAAAGGGCAGGGGGAGUGUGGUGCACAAGGAGGUGCUGGGGUUCAGGAGCUGGCAACUCGGUGGGUUCAGGAACUUCUGAGACUGUAGCUCCUUUUGCCCACUCAGGCGAAGCUGACUGAAGUGCUCCUUGUCUCUCCUCGUAGUCAUUUCUCCGAGGCUUCUCUGCUUCAGUCGGAAGUAGCAUGGCCUCUGUGCUGUGGGCUCCCCAAAGCCCAGCAGGCUUCCAAACUCUAAAGAGUUUCGAGUAAAGCCAGUCAUUUCUACUCCUGAGAUCUGUGCCCUGUGUGUGGGGAGCAGGUGCACAGGGUUGGUGGGGGCUGGGAAGUACCCCACGAGCAUUUUCCUAGCGAUACUGGGACAGAAAUGCAAAUUAUGAGCUGGACCUGGUGAUUUGUGCCUAUAACCCCAGUGUUUGGAAGGCUGAGGCAGGAUUGCCUUAAGUUCAAAGCUAGCCUAAAAAAAAAAAAAAAAAAAAAAAAAGGGGCCGGGUGGUGGUGGAGCACGCCUUUAAUCCCAGCACUUGGGAGGCAGAGGCAGGCGGAUCUCUGUGAGUUCGAGACCAGCCUGGUCUACAAGAGCUAGUUCCAGGAUAGGCUCCAAAACCACAGAGAAACCCUGUCUCGAAAAAAUCAAACCAAAAAAAAAAAAAAUAAUAACCACUCCCACCACCACCAAAUCAGCCCAGCAGACUGCUGGGUGAUCAGGCCUGGAGCCGGUUACCUCCGUGCGGUUCCCACACACCAUUGCGGACAGUUGUCAGAAAGGAGCCGCUGCCAGGCCAGGGGCUCGCCACCCUGAACGCACCUGAAGAGCUUCCGAAACACCCUGCCUGAGUUUUCGCCCAGAUUCAGACUGGGUCUGGACUGGCAGUGCGAUGCAAACCUCUGGGGGUGAUUUUCCUCACUGUAGGACCGUCGCAUACUGGUUAGCAGCGACCUGGGCCUCCUCUACCUACCAGUUAUCAAUAGCAUCCCCAGUCUCCAGCUGUGAUCACUGAACAAGUCCAGAUGUUUCUAGAUGUGUCCCAUGGGCAGACUGAUCCUAAAGGGAACCUUCUGCUCUAGGCCAGUGGUUCUGAGGGUCUGCAAAGGGAUUCAAACUAGGCACAUGGCCCAGCCAACAAGCAGUUGCUCUCUAAAGGUUAUUUUCGCUUAUGUGUAUUUUUGUGGUUCUGACAGUCUUUCUGAUAUGGAUGAUAAAGCAGCCAUACUUUAUACUUAUUGGGGGAGAGUAAACAUUUGUUAGGUAUCUGCCAAUUUUCUUUCAGAUACAGGUUUAAAUUAUUUAUAGUUUUUUGAGUGUAGCCCUAGCUGUCCUGGAACUCACUCUAUAUAGACCAGGCGCUUCAGAGAUCCACCUGCCUCCCUGGAGUGCUGGGAUUAAAGGUGUGUGCCACCACACCCAGAUCCCUUAAUUUCUUUUUUUCUUUAACAGUUCUGGCUGUCCUGAAACUCGCUUUGUAGAUCAGGCUGGCCUCGAACUCACAGAGAUCACCUGCCUCUGCCUCCCAAGUGCUGGGAUUAAAGGUGUGCGCCACCACUGCUCCACAUCCAAUUUUUUAAAAGAACAAAUCUUUAUUACA